UCUCUCUGUCUCUCUCUCUCUCUCUCUCUCUCUCUCUCCCUCUCUCUCUCUCUCUCUCUCUCUGGGAGUGUCAGAGGACUGUGCUGCUGACCACACAGAUAAGAUACUACCCUGCACGUCCAACAAACUUAUAUCACAAUACAGCAGCACGCUCAGGAUCUAGACUUAAUGGUAGGUGUGUAGUCCGACAGAUCAACAUACAUACUGUGUACCAACACUUCGCAGAGGACCUGAAAGUUAAGAGAGAACAUGUGGCUGCCCAUGCUUGGAAUGACUGCCCUGCCACACCUGGGAGGGCUAUAUGGAGGUUACGUCACACGCAAAGAGGUGAAGACUUGGUACAAAACCCUGCAGAAACCAUCAUGGCGACCACCCAAUGCAGCGUUCCCUGUAGUGUGGACCUGUCUAUAUACAGGCAUGGGGUACGGCUCCUAUCUGGUCUGGAGAGAGCUUGGAGGUUUCACUGAGGAUGCACUGGUUCCACUGGGACUUUAUGGCCUGCAGCUAGCUCUGAACUGGGCCUGGACUCCCAUCUUCUUUGGUGCACACAAGCUGAAAUUGGCUUUGAUUGAGAUCGUGCUUCUCACCGGGACUGUCGGAGCAACCAUGGCGUCUUGGUAUCCCAUCAGCCGCACAGCCUCAAUGCUAUUGGCGCCCUACCUGUCAUGGCUGUGCCUUGCCACUACCCUGAAUUAUUGCAUAUGGAGAGACAACCCUGAGAAAAAAGAAGAGUAGGAGACCAUUCUCUAUGCUUUGAGAAAAUACACUAUAAUGUUUAGAAGCCUUUGAUUUUCAAUUUACUACUGAUAUCUCUCAAGGUUGAAAUUACAAUACUAGCUUUUCAAAGAUCAAUCAAUAUCUGCAAAUGUGAUGACAAAUGUGGAAAAUGCAAUGUUAAAAACUCGAUACUUCAGAGUUAGUCCAGCAGACUUGUUUGUGCCCUCAUAAGGAAGCAGAGCACACCCGGGGGUAUACCACAAAGCAAGAUUAAAGGUCUGUUGAGCCGAAAGUUUCUGUGUUUUUUACGUCUUUAAAAGAGCUGUGAAAUUGCUUCAUUUCUCUUAACUAUUACAUCGAAAUGUUCCCUGUGGGCUUUUAGAUCUUCAGCUUAAGUAAUAUGUUCACGUAAUAUCACAGAACAAAGCCAUGCUCUUACAGUAGAACAUAUCGUCUUCAUCACAGCACGUUUAGUGAUGUAUUUAAUUGACCCCCCUCCAGUCUCACUCUGCUCUUUUUUAUCAGCUGAUUGCUUUAUUUAAACUUCACUGUUAAUUUCAUCUGAUAAUAACCCACGGUGAAAGAAUGAUUAGAGCACUUCAUCUGAAGAAAUGCAUGUUUAUGUUUAAUCCUGAUAUUUUGUUAAGUCUGUUUAACACGGCUGAUUGUACAAUGAACAAACCGAUGAUAAAAAUGAAUCUUAUUCAAUAGAUUUCAGUCAGUAAAUGACUUUCCCUGAUACUGAAGUUAUUUCCACAAUACUUUCCAUGAAGUUAAAGCAUUACAAAAAUUACUGUGCCUGAUUAUACCGCUGAAAUUAUGAAUUGUAGUAUGAAGUUGUCAUAUUAGAAAUAAAGAUGCAUCGACAGUUCUACUAAUGUGUA